AAGAAUUUCUGGUUGGUAGUGCGCUCGCCGCUCUACACUCGUCCUCAUAUCGAAUCCUGGAACGACUUCCAGGUACAUACUCUAUACAUCAAAAAACACAGACAUGGCCCCUACUCGAGCCUCACUGAAAGGCUUUCUGGCAACCGCCAAGAAGGCUUUGGUCUCCCCUCCAACGCAAAGACCGAACCCUCUGACCUUGGUUGUCGGCAACGAGUCGGCCGACCUUGACUCGAUCUGCUCGGCCCUCCUCCUUGCCUACUUCCGCACACACACUCCGCCUCACGCUCUGCACAUCCCCGUUUCCAACCUCCCCCGAGCAGACCUCGCACUUCGCCCAGAGCUCAAUGCGGUUCUCGGGCCAGCCGGCCUCAAGCCGGACGACCUGAUCACCCUCACAGAUCUUCCACGAGAUGGGCUCAGGCCGGAGGACACCCGCUGGCUCCUCGUCGACCACAAUGUCUUGACUGGCGACCUGGCCAAAUCCUUCUCCAGCCGCGUAGUGGGCUGCAUCGACCACCACGAAGACGAGGGAGCCGUCCCGCACGACUUCCCGUCAGAUCAGCCGCGCAUCAUCGAAAAAUGCGGUAGCUGCAUGAGCCUCGUCCUCGAGCACUGCAAGUUCACGUGGGACGCCCUCUCGAACCUCCCUUGCGAAGGAGAGGCCGAAGGCGGCAGCAGCACCCCGGCAGCCGAAUGUGACGCGCACCUCGCCCGCGUCGCCCUCGCGCCCAUCCUCAUCGACACCGCCAACCUGACGUCCAAAGACAAGACGACCGACCGCGAUGUGCGCGCGGCCGAGCUCGCCGAGUCGAAGCUCCUGCCCGGCUUGCGCACGUUAUCAUCAUCACCAUCACCUCCCUCAUCCUCCUCGGAGCCAUACGACCGCCAGACCUACCACGACACCCUCGCCGCGCUCAAGGAGCAGAUCGUCGGGCUCUCGUACCGCGACGUCCUGCGCAAGGACUACAAGCGCUGGACCGAGGGCCCGUUGGCUCUGGGCGUGUCGACCGUCGUGCACGGGUUCGAGUACGUAUUCGCCCGCGUCGGCGACCAGAGCCGCGAGGCCUUCCUGGCCGCGUUGAAGGACUGGGCCCGCGAAGAGGAGCAGAAGCUCGACGUCGUGGCCGUCAUGACCGUGUCGCGGCCCGGCGGCAUGUUCACGAGGGAGCUGCUGGUCUGGGGUCUGAACGAGAAGGGGGUGGAGGCGGUCGGGCGGUUUCAGAAGAAGUUUGGCGGGACCCUCGGGCUGGAGACUUGGAGAGGGGGCGAGCUGGACGGCGGCGGCGAGGGCGAGGCCGAAUGGAGGCUCUGUUGGAGGCAGAAGGGGGUUUCCCAUAGCCGGAAGCAGGUGGCACCGAUGCUCAGGGAGGCGAUGAGGGAGUCGGCGAGGUUGUGAUGGGAUGUAGGACUUUGGCUCAUCAUUUUUUAUAUGAAGUUUGGAAGCAUUUUGUGAGCGAAGCUAAUUUAAAUGAUUGUUUUCAAUGCUGAGAUAUAUUUGUGGCCUAUUACAGGCUCCCAGUGUUAUUCAAGAAGUGUCGUAAGAGUACAAA